AUGGGUAAUUCUAGUUCCAAGCAAAAAGGAGACUUGCCAAAAUUUACACGAACCGACACCUCGACGUCCCAAAGAUCAGGGAGAUCUAGAAGGUCUUUCAAAUCAUCCAAGGAUGAUGAUGAUGCUGCGUCGUUUAAGACCGCCACAAGCGAGCUUUCCCGAAAAUUCCCCGGCACUCCUUUACUCUCUAGAAGAAACUCUGCCCAAACCGUGCCCAUCAACAAUACCGGACUCAACUCAGACAACUCCGAUGACCAAAACAAGCAAUUAGAAGAUCAAAUGAAUAAUUUGACUUUAAGUGUCAACAACGUGGCCUCCAGCGAUAAUAAUGAUGUGUUAACUCCAUCAUCGGUGACUUUGCCCCCAUCAAUGGUGCAAAUGGAACCAAAGACCCCAAUUUUGAUAAGAAGAGACAGUACAAAUAACUCAUCUGUUGCAUUGGUUGCCGAUGGCUCAACCACCACCACCACCACUACCACAACAACACCAAUUCUUGAAGGAGGCUCCAGUGGAAGAACUUAUAGCAGAAGUUCCAGCCGGCAUAAUAGUUUUAAUAACGGGUAUGGCCUUUCACCAAACGACGCCAACAAUAACAAUUUGACGGUUCCAAGAACGCCGAGUAAUAAUAAUUUAUCAUUGAGUGAUAGCAGCCAUAGUAGGAGAAAUAGCGACGCUGUGAGUAUAGGAUCAGACCUAACCUCGAUUCCAAUAAAAAAUGGCCACAAUGGAUUGAGUGGCGAUGAGCAGAUAUCAAUGAGAUCGGGUUCGAUUCCCGGAACUCCUGGAGGUACUACAAUAUCGCCAUCAUUCUCUAACAUUAAUACCAAAAUCACUUCUAAUUCAAAUAAUGGAGUGGUGAUUGAUGUCGAAGAUUUAAUCCAAAGAUUAUUAGAUGCAGGGUACUCAGGUAAGCGUACCAAAAAUGUUUGUUUGAAAAACUCAGAAAUCCAAGUGAUCUGCUCUACCGCCAGAGAAAUCUUCUUAUCUCAACCAACAUUACUUGAAUUAUCUCCUCCAGUGAAAAUUGUUGGUGAUGUCCAUGGGCAAUAUAGUGAUUUGAUUAGAAUGUUCACAAAGUGUGGGUUCCCCCCAGCCGCAAACUACCUAUUUUUAGGAGAUUACGUUGAUCGUGGGAAACAAUCACUUGAAACGAUUUUGCUAUUGUUAUGCUACAAAAUCAAAUAUCCAGAAAACUUUUUCUUGUUACGAGGCAAUCAUGAGUGUGCCAAUGUCACCAGAGUAUACGGGUUUUACGAUGAGUGUAAACGAAGAUGCAAUAUAAAGACUUGGAAAGUGUUCAUUGACACAUUCAACACGUUGCCAAUUGCGGCAAUUGUCGCCAAUAAGAUUUUCUGUGUCCACGGAGGGUUGUCCCCAACCUUACACUCAAUGGACGAGAUCCGAACCAUUAAAAGACCAACCGACGUUCCUGAUUUUGGACUACUUAAUGAUUUACUUUGGUCUGACCCUGCAGAUACCCCGAAUGAGUGGGAAGAUAACGAACGAGGGGUGUCGUAUUGUUUUUCGAAGGUGGCAAUUAACAAGUUCCUAACAAAAUUCAAUUUUGAUUUAGUUUGUCGAGCUCAUAUGGUGGUUGAAGAUGGGUACGAAUUCUUCAAUGACCAUAGUCUUGUAACGGUAUUCAGUGCGCCGAACUAUUGUGGGGAGUUUGAUAAUUGGGGGGCGGUGAUGAGUGUUAGUGAGGAAUUGCUUUGCAGUUUUGAAUUAUUAGACCCAUUGGACCCGCUUGCUUUGAAACAGUUUAUGAAAAAGGGAAAGCAUGAGAGAAGAAAUGCCAACAGUUUACAGAAUAAUAAUAGUGGUGUUGGCACCCCGAACCAAAUAACCUUAUAA